CGAAGGUAUUGAACAGGAAUAUGUGGUGGUGGAGGUGUGGUUGAGAGUAGGGAUGAUAGUGGUAGUGAACUACUAUAAUCUGUGUCAGGUAUUGGACCUAGAAGAGUUGGAGAGAGUGGAGAGCCAGGAUAGAAGUAAGGUCACGCUCUGGGGGGACAGACGGACAACACGCUCUGGAUGGAUGGAAAUGGCCAAGUGAUGAAAAAUCUAAUCGAAGUUAAAGAUCUGGUGUGCCUGAAUGAUGGCCGAGGGACUAGGAUUGAUGUAGUUACAGGGAAAGAGUCUGCAUUGGGCCUCACUCUGGUAUCUAGUGCGAUGACAGGAAUCUGUGAGUGGGAGGUAUGGGAGGAGUCGACAGUAGGGAGUGAUCAUUACCCCAUAGUGUGCACAGUAAGCCAGAGGGAGGAGGAGGUAUCAGUGGAUGGAGUAGUGUUUGAAAAGGGCGAAGUGGGAUCAGUUUCAGGAGUUAAGUGAGCGGGUGAAUUUGUGAGGGGAAGUGGAUAGUAUGAAUAACUGGGUGAAAGCAGCUUUAGUGGGGGCAGCUACUGAGGUGAUACCUAAGAGUUCAGGGAGGAGGAGGAAAGCAGUCCCACGGUGGACGGAGGAGUGUGGGGCAAUGGUGAGGAGUAGGAACAGGGCAUUUAGAGCACUGAAAAGGACACAACUUCGGUAGCUAUCCCUGUGAAUCCACCAUGGCUACUCCCACCUCCAGUAGUAGAUCUAGCAGUAUUGGAGAGACUAGGGAAAUAUGGGGAGGGUGUUGAUCCAUUUGAUUUGUUUAAGAGACGUCUGGAUACUGUGUAUCAGACUUUUGUGGCCAUAUACACAGAUGGUUCAAAGGAUCCAAGGACAGGACGUACUGGGUCAGCAUUUGUAGUGCAGGAAUGUGGGGUGAGAGUUAGGAAACGUAUUACAGAUCAUCUGGCUGUAUAUACGGCAGAGAUGAUGGCCGUACUGUUGGCCUUGCAGUGGGUGGAGGAAGUUAAGCCAGAAAGGGUAGUUAUUUGCUCAGAUUCAUGUACAGUGCUAAGGAGUCUCCAGUCCUUUAUAUCAUGUAGCAGACGACCUGCUUUAUGAGGUGCUACAAACCCAUGGCAGGAGUAAACAAAUGGGUAUACAGAUCAUAUUUACAUGGGUCCCAGCUCGUGGGAGUGGAGGGGAACGAGGUAGACGAUGUACUGGCUAAACAAGCACUAAGUAGUGAGGAUGUUGAUGUGGUAGUUUCAAUGACCAAGGCACAGGCAAAAAGAAUGAUAUGGACAGUGAUGGUGGCGAAAUGGCAGGAGCAGUGGAAUAGAGAUACUAAUGGCAGGCAUUUAUUUCAAGUACAGAGGAAAGUUGGGGAGGGGAGAACGGCAGGAAGGGACAGAAGAGAGGAGGCUAUAUUUACAAGAUUAAGGGUGGGACACAGCCAGUUUAAUAAGACCUUGCAUGUGAUAGGAAAGCAUCCAACAGGAAAAUGUGAGUAUUGCCAGGAAACAGAGACAGUGGAGCAUGUAUUGAUACAGUGUGGACAUUAUUGGAGGGAAAGAGAAAGGAUGAGAUAUAGUAUGAGGGAGAAGGGGAUACAGGAAAUUAAUUUAAAUAGUAUAUUGAGUAGGCACAUCAUUAGAUAUAGUCUAAAAUAUUUUGUUAUCUUUUUUAAGAGCAACGGGGCUGGCAGGUAGGAUUUCGUUUCUCCCUGUCUCUGGCCCACACUCCAGUACAGUAGGUGGCGGUAACGCACCAUAACGUUGGAUACCAACCGCCGAUAAACCCCACCGAAGAAGUUAAUCUCUAGCUUGUUUGUGCCUACAACUCUAUUCUGAAUGGUUGUUUUAUAGCUACAGUUUCUAACCGACCAGCCGUUGAAGAUGAACGCCACUGCAUUGCUAUUAUUGACACUGUUCGUUGUAUUAGGCAAAGUUGUUGGAGACAGAAGACUGACAUUUGUAACUGUGCUUUACCGUCAUGGUGACCGAUCACCUGUCAAAGCCUACCCUACUGAUCGCUACCAGGAGAGCUCUUGGCCUCAGGGCUUUGGACAGCUCUCGCAGGAAGGAAUGAGGCAGCACUUUGAGCUGGGACAGGCGCUGCAGAAACGCUAUCAGGGUUUUCUUAAUGAUACCUAUGACCGACGUGAGAUUUCUGUGAGAAGCACAGACUAUGACCGGACUUUGAUGAGUGCAGAGGCCAACUUGGCUGGCUUGUACCCUCCCAAUGGAUCACAGGUCUUCAACCCAACACUGGAGUGGCAGCCUAUUCCUGUUCACACUGUACCCCAGGCUGAGGAGAGGCUUUUGUCGUUUCCCAUUCCGGGUUGCCCUCGUUAUAAAAUCCUCAUGAAUGAGACGGAACGCUCAGAAAAGUACCUCAACGUGACAUUUCUAUACAAAGACUUAAUAACAAUGAUACAGGAGAGAACUGGUCUGAAGAACACCAACAUUGAGACUGUUUGGAGUGUCUAUGACACCCUUUUCUGUGAGGCAAGGCACAACAUGACCGCUCCUGACUGGGUGACCCCUAACAUCAUGGAUGAUCUGAGGAAGCUCAAGGACUUUGGCUUUGAAAUCAUGUUUGAGGUCUACAAGCAUCAGGAGAAAAGCCGGCUCCAAGGAGGUGUCCUAUUGGGUAGCAUUGUAAAUAACAUCUCAGAGUCUGCACUUCCCGACUCUAAUCGCCGUCUGAAGAUGAUGAUGCUCUCUGCGCAUGACACCACCAUUGUGGCUUUGCAGUCGAGUUUGAGUGUCUUCAAUGGAAAGCAGCCGCCCUAUGCCUCCUGCCACAUAUUUGAACUCUAUCAGGAAGACAACGGAUCAUUUACAGUGGCCAUGUUUUACCGCAAUGACACCAGAAGAGCGCCUUACCAACUGGCUGUACCUAGCUGUGACCUCUUCUGCCCCCUGGAGGACUUUGUGCGCCUCACCAAACCAUCCAUCCCAGAGGAUUGGGACAAGGAGUGCAUGGUGGAGUCUCCUACAAAGGAUACAGUCUCAGAGGUGGUCAUCGGACUAGCAGUUUGUGGCUGUUUGCUCUUCCUCCUUAUCGUCCUCCUGCUCGCUGUGCUUUGUCGGCAACGUGAUCCCUCCAACGGCUACAGUCAGAUUCACAAUGAGAUUGAGUCUUGACAAAUGUACAAACUCCACCAUAGGCAGGAUUCAUGGGAUAGUGAAGAUGUUUGAAUGCUUCAGUUCUGCCCUCUGGUGGGGAUGCAGGAAAAGGGAACACUAGACUGCUUUUAGUGCAACUUUUAUUUUUUUACAUUUUUCCUUCAAAGUGGACUGUGGCCUUUUACCAAAAAUGCACAGAAACUUACUCAAGAGGACAAAGAUUAUCUAGUCCUCUAGUUAACUGUCAUGGUAAGUAUUCCUAAGCUUGUAAAUGACGUCGGCUACUGGAUUCGGACAAAUGCCUUUUUAAAGUUUUCAAAUACUACUUGUACUCAUUUUACUCACGGGUCCAAGUCACCUGACCAGCGUUCUUACAAAAUGUGGACCACUGGAUGCUUCAUGCUUGUUUGAUUCUGCCCUUGGAGAAUGAUCAUUGUGACACUGAACCUGAGGACUGCUUGUGCUUCAUUCUCUCCAAGGAACAGAUUUUGUACAACACUGUACUGAGCAUUCUUCUAGCAAGUAAUUUUAUAAAAAAUGCUAUUUAUUUCCCCUGGUGGGGACUGUCAUGGUACUUGGAGAAGCCUUCACAUCACGGUACUCUUGGUAAAGGCUUUGCUCUAUAUGUCAGAGGAACCUACUAACAAGCCUGUCAUGCUUUGUGCCUUGGGCUGUUAGAUUCCAUUUAAGGCACAGCAAUUCAUUUAUUUGCUGAAAGUGCUCCAUGUAUCUGUCACUGCCCUCGUUCUGCUCUUUUAAAACUGCCUCUGAGGUUGUUUAGUUUAAGCACAAGUGAUUACUUUUUAAUCUGCAUCAAUUUUUUCACCCCCCCCCAAAAGUAAUAAAAUAAAUACAUUGUAAUUAUUGCAGUAAUAUACCUUUCUAAGUUCGAGUGCAGAGUUCACAACCUGAGGAGGCUCUCCAUCAUACAAGUCAGUGUAUUUCAAGCAGCUGCCAGCUGUAAUUAGUGCUGAGCGAUUAGUGCUUUUUGAGGUCGUUUUGGUUCUUUUUUUUAAACCUUAAAUGCAUUGUGGGUUGAAUGCUGUAACACAAAAUAAACAAUUAAUAAAAGUCCAA